AUGUAUAAACCUUCGUUGCAUGAUACGCAAGAUCUUUAUGCAGAACAUGAACAAAGACAUGGGUUUCCCAUAAUGAUUGGAAGCAUUGAUUGCACGCACUGGAAAUGGAAAAAUUGCCUAGUAUCAUGGAAAGGAAAGUAUGCAAGUGGUCAUCAUGGUUUGUCUUCGUUGGUUUUAGAGGUUGUUGCUUCUCAAGAUUUAUGUAUUUGGCAUGCAUUUUUCUGGGGCGCGGGUUCCAACAAGGAUGUCAACGUUCUUGAUCAUUCGUCGAUAUUCGACAGUCUUUUGAAUGGAAAGGCACCGGAUGCUCCUUUCACAGUGAAUAGAAACGAAUACAAGUUUGAAAAUUACCUUACAGAUGGAAUAUAUCCUCCGUAUUCCACAUUCGUGAAGGCAUUCCAACACCCGGUUUGA